AAACUACAAUACCCAUGAGGCACCUGGAGUCACAACAAACGUGCCAAUGCCAAACAUUCCGCUCAAUGAAACCGGCGUCUUAAGUCUUCCAGCGACAUGAGGUGUUCUUACCUGUAGCCAGCUAUGGCACCGGGGGAUGUGGUGCAAGAGCAUGCCAAGCAGCUGAAGCCCAAGGACAAGCGGCCCGUUAACAAGACAUCGAAAGCGGAUUGUGAGCCCGACGGGUCCUUUAUCUUUGAGGCUCAUGAGGCUUGGAAGGACUUCCAUAACUCCCUCAGACAUUUCUAUGAAGUAGGAGAGCUCUGUGACGUCACGCUGAAGGUAGUUCACUCCAUCCGGACUGAAGUUGGCAGUAGGUUGAUACCAUGCCACAAGCUAGUGCUGGCUUGUGUUAUCCCUUACUUCAGGGCCAUGUUCCUCUCAGAGAUGUCCGAGGCUAAGCAGGAACUGAUAGAGAUCAAGGACUUUGAUGGUGAUGCCAUCCAGGACCUGGUGCAUUUUGCCUACUCCUCCAAGCUCACAUUAACCGUGGACAAUGUCCAGCCUCUGCUUUAUGCUGCCUGCAUCCUUCAGGUGGAGUUGGUAGCGAGGGCCUGUUGUGAGUACAUGAAGGCCCACUUUCACCCCACCAACUGCCUGGCAGUACGCACCUUCGCCGAGAGCCACAAUCGUGUGGACCUGAUGGACAUGGCUGACCGCUACGCCUGCGAACACUUCACCGAGGUGGUGGAGUGCGAGGACUUUACCUGCGUGUCGCCCCAGCACUUGCGCACGUUGUUGUCGUCCAGCGAGCUCAACAUCCAUUCAGAGACGCAGGUGUACAAUGCGGCAGUGAAAUGGCUGAAGUCAAACCCACAGCACCACGAGGCCUGGCUGGACCAGAUCAUGUCUCAGGUGCGCCUCCCACUCCUCCCUGUAGAGUUCCUGACUGGAACAGUGGCGGCGGACGAGAUGAUUAAAGGAAACCUGAGUUGUCGCGACCUGAUGGAUGAAGCCAGGAACUACCACCUGCACCUCAGCAACAAGGUGGUGCUGGACUUUGAGUAUUCAGUUCGUACCAUACCCCGGAAACACACUGCAGGGGUUUUGUUCUGUGUGGGUGGCCGGGGGGGUUCUGGUGACCCGUUUCGCAGCAUCGAGUGUUACUCCAUCACUAAGAACAGUUGGUUCUUUGGUCCUGAAAUGAACAGCAGACGGCGUCAUGUCGGGGUCAUAUCUGUAGGAGGCAAGGUUUAUGCUGUUGGCGGCCAUGAUGGUAACGAACACUUGGGCAACAUGGAGAUGUUUGACCCCCUCACCAACAAGUGGAUGAUGAAAGCCUCCAUGAACACUAAAAGGAGGGGUAUAGCCCUGGCAGCUCUCGGUGGUCCUAUCUACGCUAUCGGAGGUCUGGAUGAUAACUCCUGCUUCAACGAUGUCGAGCGCUACGACAUCGAAAGUGACUGCUGGAGCGCCGUGGCUCCGAUGAACACUCCCAGAGGAGGAGUUGGGUCCGUGGCUUUGGGGAGUUUCGUGUACGCAGUGGGAGGCAACGACGGCGUGGCGUCCCUGUCCAGCGUGGAGCGGUUUAACCCACACCUCAACAAGUGGACGGAGGUCAGCGAGAUGGGCCAGCGACGGGCUGGAAAUGGAGUCAGCAAACUCAAUGGCUGCCUCUAUGUAGUGGGCGGCUUUGAUGACAAUUCACCCCUGAGCUCUGUAGAGCGCUUUGACCCACGAAUGCACCGCUGGGAGUAUGUGUCCGAGCUGACCACACCGCGUGGGGGGGUCGGGGUGGCCACUGUAAUGGGAAGAGUGUUCGCAGUCGGGGGUCACAACGGGAACAUCUACCUGAACACAGUGGAGGCCUUUGAGCCUCGGAUGAACAGAUGGGAGCUGGUGGGUUCGGUGUCUCACUGCCGUGCCGGAGCCGGAGUCGCUGUCUGUUCGUCUCACGUCAGCCAAAUCAGAGACGUAGGCCAGGGCUCCAGCAACGUGGCCAACUGCAUGUGACCCCCGCUCCACUUAUUACCAGGGCACCGACUGCCAAGUCACCAUCAGAUCUGAUCACUGCACGAGCACACGGCACAAAGCACACACACACACACACACACACACACACACACACACACACAGUGAUGGAGCGGUUUGACCAAGCUAUUCCGCCACUGACUGAACAUCAGCUGUAGUCAGUUUUUUGGCUGAUAUUCAGUUUGCACACAGCGAUGGAGUAAUGUUAGUGAGGUUCUACUGACUUAUCUGACACAAUGACACAUUCAAGACAUUUCUCUUGACUCCUGCUGGUGUUUUUUUGCAAUCAGUGAUGUAGUUUUUUGUACUGUAUUUUUCUUUUGUUUGACUGCCUUGACAUAGUUUUGACUUUUUUGUAAGGCAGCAUUAGUAUUUAAUACUAACGUCUCGGGAAUGAGAGGUGAGUUUUGGUUCAGAACUACUAGGUCAACUGCACAUUAUGAAUGUGGACAGUUGGCAAGUGUGAAAGCAUUCAAAGGUCUCUUUUUGAAGACUGUAUCUGGUUUACUUGUUGGCUUUGCAGUUAUUUUGUGACAAAUCAGUAAUUAAAAAAAAAAAAAAAAUCACAUUAUUUGCAGUGCAGCGAAUGCAGUUUAAACCAUAACCUUUUCAUCAGUCAAUCUUAAACACAAUGUUAUGAUGUCAAAUACAUUUCCAGGAAUCUUAUGCAAGGGUUAAGUGAGAACGUCUGUUUGAGGAGUUAGGACUUUUUAAAGGUGCGUUUCAGAAUUAUUCCAUUAGCGAUUCCAACUGCUGUAAGCCGGGUCAUAUUGCAGCCGUUCUAGCUGGAAUUUGCCUGUAAUUGUGUUUGUACAAUCAUUUAAGGCUAAUUGGGACCAGUCAUUCACUGGGUAGGAGGUGACGGGUUCAAGGGAUUUAACUGCUGCAAGUGCCAAACAAAAAAAAAAAAAAAAAAAAACCCCAUCAGCCGCUCUAGGAAGCUGUAGAUGCAAAUCUGGUUCAACGCCUGCUGAAUCCUGAGUCGCCACCUUUACCUUGACCUCAGAAAAGAGAACUAUUUGAUGACUAUAUACCUGAGAGUCAAAGACUGAUCAGAGCAAUACGGUGCAACUCUCAAGUUCUUUUUUUAAUUGUAUUGUAUAGAGAUCUGUUCACACUGACAGGGACGGGUAUUCAAAUUGAAGAUUUGCGUUUGACGAUAGCUGGACUGUCAGAAAUCCUAAUCAGAGUGCUUUCAGAUGUGUACGAGAUGCAGCUGAGGUUUGUCUCUGCAGAUGGUUGCGUUAUAUUUUAAUAUAUGGAUAUUUUGUAUAAUAAAAUAGGUGUAUCUUUGGUAUUAUCCUUUACUACACUAUCUAAUCCAUUGCUGUGCACUAUUUUCCUAGAAUAGAUGUGAAGUCUGAGUAUAUUUUUGUCCUAAAUGGAGAAUUUUAUGUUAUACGUUUAAAGAUGUUAAUUUAACACUCAUGCCUAUUUCUGCCAUUUCUAUGAACAAAUUUAAUAAUUUCUGCCAAGUGUUUUGUUUCUCAGAAUAAGUUGAUCACUUUAAAACAGAAAUGCUAUACAUGGUUAUAAUAGAAAUAAACAUAUUAUGGGACAGUUUGUGUAUUGGCGAUAAUCAUUUCGGUGCAUAUUAUUACCUGGUACAUCUUUUUUACACCAAAACACAAGAAAAACUUGUUCCCAGCUUUGUUAGCAGAUGAGCCAGAAACUCCUUUUCUAAGUCUUUUGUAAACUUUACUGUACUUUUGUUGUUCUUUCUUCUCCUGACUGCUCCCAUCCUUUUGUGUUUUAUUUACCUGCUAUUGGUAUAAAAUGGUACAAUAAAGUUAUG